AGACAUUUGCACCAAAAGAUCCAAACACACCUUUGAAAAUAAUUGUUCAUUGCUUUACUAGCUUUCAUGGAUCCAAGGUAAGGCACAAAAAGUAGUAGGUUGGACAACAAAAGACUCUUAUCAUGUCCAUUUUUCUACAUCCAACCCUAGUAGCACUCUAGCCUAUGAUACCCUUUUUCAUGUUCAUUAUAUCACCCAAACAAAAUUAAUCCCAACCUCAAGAUCUACAUUGAAUCCCAUCUUCAACAUGGCCUUAAGCAACAAUGUCAUCGGUGCCAUCAACUUCGUGGCCAUGCUCCUCUCCAUUCCGAUCAUCGGAGCCGGAAUCUGGCUAGCGACCGAACCCGACAACUCAUGUGUCAAGAUCUUACAAUGGCCUGUCAUCAUUUUGGGCAUCUUGAUCUUGGUUGUGGCUCUUGCAGGCUUUGUAGGAGGGUUUUGGAGGAUCCCUUGGCUCCUAGUGGUCUACCUCAUAGCCAUGUUGAUUCUCAUAAUAUUACUUGCGUGUUUGGUGGUUUUUGUCUAUAUGGUCACAGUAAAAGGCUCUGGUCACCUUGAACCUAGCCGGUCUUACUUGGAAUAUCAUCUUGAUGACUACUCGGGGUGGCUCCGGCGAAGGGUUCAUAGUUCUUAUAAGUGGGAUCGGAUUAGAAACUGUCUUAGCUCAACAAGUAUGUGUGCUGAGUUGAAUCAGAGUUACCGCAUGGCUCAAGAUUUUUUCAAUGCACACAUUAGUCCCUUGCAGUCUGGAUGCUGCAAGCCACCGACGCAAUGCGGAUACACGUUCGUGAACCCUACCUACUGGAUUAGUCCAAUAAACACCGCAGCAGACAUGGAUUGCCUGCAAUGGAGCAACGAGCAGACGCAGCUGUGUUACGCCUGCGACUCGUGCAAAGCAGGAUUGCUAGCUAAUCUGAAGAGAGAAUGGAGAAGAGCAGACAUCAUAUUGCUCAUAACCCUUGUUGCAUUGCUAUGGGUAUAUUUGAUGGGGUGUUGUGCCUUCAGGAAUGCCAAAACUGAAGACCUGUUUCGCAAAUACAAGCAAGGUACUUAUGAGUGAGUGACCUAGUGAUGAUACAGAAGAACUAGUAGCAAUUACUAGGGUGGGUUGGUGUGAAUUAAUGGGUAUUUUCUCUUAUGUCUUUUGUGACUUUGUAAACGAUGAUUAAUAGAAUAUGUUUUUGGUGUUUUGAUUUGGUUUAACUCAAAA